CAACCACCACCAACCCCGCCCUUUCGUCAGCCUUUCGUCUUUUUUUCCCCUGUACACCGUUCUUUUUCUUUUUACGACACUUCUUAAUUCUACAUAAUGGCCUCUAUGGAUAUGGACAAGAGCCUCGACGAGAUCAUCGCUUCCAAGCCCAAGGGUGGACGCCGUGGAGGUGCUGGAGGUGCUGCUCGCCGUCGCUCGACUGGACGACAGCAGAUUCUCGGAAAGGCCGCGCCCGCGCCCGCCCAAAAGACGCGCGCAGCAGCUGCAGCUGUUCAACCUGGCAAAGUUACCGCCGCCCAACCUGCUCUUGCUGACAAGAUUAUCGUGUCCAAUCUCCCUAUCGAUGUGAAUGAAGCCCAAGUCAAGGAACUCUUCGCCUCAACUGUUGGCCCACUCCGAGAUGUCACCCUCCACUACGACGCAAACGGCAAAUCGAAAGGUGUCGCCGCGGUCCACUUCUCGCGCAAGGGCGAUGCCAACAAGGCCUACACGCAAUACAACAACCGACUCAUCGAUGGCAAACGCCCGAUGAAGAUCGAAAUUGUCGUCGACCCCAUCAAAGCAGUUCCCCUCUCCGCCCGUGUCGCUCCCCCUGCUGCGGCUGCUCCUGCUGCCACAAGAGGUGGCCCUGCUGCCCGCCGUCGUCGUGGUGGCCGAGGUGGAGGUGCUGGUGCCAAGCGCUCUGAGCGACCUCAGAAGACUGCCGCCGAUCUUGAUGCCGAAAUGGAGGAUUACACUGCCGCGGCCAGUGCUCCAGCAGCCGCACCUGCCGCUGCUGCUGCGUAAAUUGGAUUCGUGUCUUAUGCUACCCUACGUUGUAAUUCGUGUUUAUGCGUCCUUACGCCUAAUCAUUACUCUUGUCGCUAUGUAUACCCUAUUGUCGUCAGCCGCUGUAUCCGUGCAUUCCUCCCUGUAAACAUGUACUGCG